UCGUCGAGACGCGGCAAACCGGAGACUUCAGUUGUCACCGCGACACCAGCGGAGCAACAUUGCGUUGUUUAUUCUAUAACAAUUGUUUAUUUUACGUUCGGUUCGUCUGCGGCUUCACAGAAAGAAGCUGUUCUUUCUUCUCUGUGAUUCGUGUAAUUUUCAUUUCCAAUAAACCUAUUUUUUUUUUUUAACAAAUUAUUUAAAAUUUUAUUCAACAAGAAAUACAAUUUAUAUUAUGCCUUACUUUUUAAAUAUGAUAUAAAAUUCGUGACUCGAUGAAAGGUAAAGGUGUGCAUCGUUGUUCUUUUUCUGUCGAUUACAGUUGGUGAUGAUGAUCCAAGAAUCGAGGAAUCGCGAGGAAUUGAUCAGUGUUUCCUUAAAUUAUAUAACAACACGCGAUCGGUGAUUUCGUAUUGUAUUCUUAUUACCCGAAGCAACGUCGCUCGAGCAGCAUAAUAAGUCUUGGAAAUCCCUGGUCCUUGAAGAAAAUCAACGCAGGACGUUUACGUUCUUACCGGAGGUUAGCUCAUCCGUGCACGCCUGCGUAAAAGUUUUACUUCCGUAAGGGUUCUUCCUUCCCCUUCCCCACCUGGUACUCUGUAAGCAAGACUUCCGGAACCGUUCCUGCCCUCAAGAUGUAAAGAUACACGAAUGAAAAGUUAAGUUCCUUUAAUUUGAUACUUAUGAAUUCAUAGUAAAAGUUGAAACAAGAGAAUGACCCUAAUUUCUAGGUAUUUGUAAAUCUUUCAAAGAGUUCACUAAACUCUCUGGUCACGGUGACGUGACUGUGAGUAGCGCAUAAAGGGACUUAAUGGAGAAAUGACUUAUUUCCAGCCGUAACCCGAACACUAGCCCGGCCAUAGGUAGGUCACAUCAUUGUACAGAGCCCUCGACAUGCCACGGUUUCAUUGCGUUGCGUACCAUGUUGCGUAACAUCAGGCGGCAUUAACUUCGGAUUUUGUGUCCGUGAAAGUAAAGCCCCGCUCACACUCGAAUAUCAAAAAGAACAAAAUUUCCUGAUGCAUUCUGUCAUCGCAAUCGUUAACUCUUUCGCUGUCACGGUGGUUCCAUGGGACAGGCGCUCGUCCCAUCGUUAUCAUUGUCACCAAAAUCGUCUUACGGGGGCCCUGGGCCUUAUAAAGGUGCAUUUAAUUCUUCAUGUAACUUUCAUUUUAAUCUCGGCACCAGAUUUUGUACUCAAACGUUGUGAUCCACGAAAUGGAUAUUUAAUUGACCAAGCUUCUUUUCCCACGAGGUCAAGCAAUCCAAUCAACCACUAUAAAUGAUGCUCGCAGCAAGCACCGUGGUUCCCGUGAGAAAACACCAACUUCUUUUUCUUCUUAAAGGGUCUAUUCGUCUCCUGAGGAAACAUUUUCUGCGCAACGAGGUGUGACGUUCCCUUACGUUGUAAUUUCGAAUGAAUCAUGAUUUUAUGAGGGUUACUCGCCUCGCUGGUAUUAAGUACAACGAUGAUAGUAAAUGUUUACACACCAGUGUACCGCUGCUCAGUUUAGUCUACUAUCAAUUACAUUCUAUUAAAAAACAGUGGUGGAUUUUGCCUAUAUGGAGGGCUCUAGGAAUAUUCCUAAUUCAAGGGGUCCAUCACUGUUCCAUUACUUAUUGAUACAUCAUGCUAGACUUUUACGGGGUGACGGAUAGCCGGCGCACGUGCGCCGAUCACGUGGAUGGAACAUCAAAGAAAUCGACGAAUACCGAUUACCUAUAUAUAUAUUACCCUCGUCCCGGAUCGCUGGGGAAUUCGACGCGUGACUUACGGCACGUUGAAGAGGAUUAAGAGAAAUUCCCCUUUUAAAGUACGAAUCAGCUGCUGUGACUCAUACGAAACUACGUGAGGCGCAGGUGUGCUUCCGGGAAGUUGAAGAUCUGCGGUUCAAGAGCAGAGGAGCGUACACCGUGUAGUUUCUCUGCUGGUCGCCAAGUGAAACCUUGAUAUGAGGUGACACUUAGAUUCAGCCGCCGGAAGUGGAAAAAAAAGGAAAACGAACAGGAUGCCAGGCGAGGUGCGCGCGCAGCCCUUGAACUCGACAAUGUACAGUGGUAGCAGCAUGAUGCAGCCCGACGAGGAGAUUCAGUAUGCGCCAAGGAGCCGUCCUGUUAGCUUUUAUGACAACUUUAAGGACGUGCCAAUGGUGACACCUUGCGUGACUUCCGCCUUAAGCGCCGACAAUUUAAAUCAAGUCCGUGACAAUCCGUCGAUGGCUACGGCCAACAACAACAAUAACAACAAUAAUAGAGUGAGCAACGCCGUCAGUGUUGGUAACGUGUCGAAGAUCCAGGGCACCAAAGUCACCGGCGCAGUGUCGACGGGGAACAUUGGAAAAAUCUACCGAUCAGAUAAGGAAAAGGAACUCGGUCGCGCCCCAUCGAUGGCCAACUGUUUGUCAACCACGGUUCCCGUUAAUCUGGCAGCCUCUCAAAUUGCUGGCCGUCACACGCCCACGAGGAAUUCCCUCAGGCACAGCAGGAUGAUCGUGCUGCAUCGGAGUGGCCACCGGCCACAGAAAUUCCUGCCACCGUUGGUUUACCACUGGCGACUAGGACGAUGCCUGGCAGCGUUACAAACUAUCCUUGGUGUCGCGGUCACUUCAUUGUCAUUAUGGUUAUUGCUUUGGGCACCUCACCUGCCCGUUGCGGAUAAUCCCUACUGGAGUGGUAUGCCGUUGUUACUUUCCGGUAGCUUUGGUGUUUGCCUGUUGUGCUGCUUCAAAAAAGAGUACCCUGGGUUGAGUCCUGGAUUCUGCCUCGCGUCGACGAAGGUAAUAAGCGUAUCUCUGGCAAUUUUGGCAACGGUGACCUGUUCCAUUGCUUGCGUAUUCUCAGCGAUGCACCUGGCACGCCUGAUGCGACUGGAAUGCAAUCCGGCACGAGUUUUGAACGCUACCUGCGUGUGCAGGCCUCGCGAAGAUGCUGCGUCGAAUUCCACGGAAACAGCGGUCAGAUACAUGGAUCUCAACUGUCCCGAAGUUGAGAGUAUCCUGACGAUACUUUUGAUCUUCUCGUCCACUUGCAACGCUUUGGGAGCUUUAGUAGCUGGUUGGUACACCUACCUCCAUUGGAGCACCAGGCAUAAGAGGCCUAAAUACAUGCAAGUCAGAACCAGUCCCACCAGUGGAAACAAUUUCUUGAGCAGUAGACCGAUUUACAAUCCGAAUCUAAACGAACGAUGACAGUUUUUAUCCGACAUGGACGAAGAUAACUCGUACCUUCGCUAUUCUUCUCUAACGAUGGACGAUGGGGUGUUUUAGAUUGACGAGCCUCGGAGCAAAUCAAACUUUCAUAUGAUUUCAUGGUUGUGUUUUCUACGGUCUAAAAUUUUCAUGUAAAAUAAACGCCUUACUUGGUCGAUAGAUUUUUAAUACUAAUAUCAUGAAAAGAUUCAGUUUAUAGCACUUGAAAUUGAAGAGUUAAACAAUGUUUUAUGGUUUGAACUUUCUAACAAUGAACUAAUCAAUUGUAAUUUCUGAAGAUACUGGAGGCAAGUGCCUGAAGUGCGCAUAAACUAGUCUCUCGGGUGUAUGAAUAAAUCUCUGUGAGUGAUUCUCGAAUGAAUCGUAUUUAAAGGAUGGCAGAUAAUAACUGUCACGAUGUGUUCUGAAUAUUUAUUGUACUGUGAGCGACGCGAAUGUUGUAUAUUAUCGUGUAAGUAUUUUUUAACGUUUAUAUAAGAAUCUCAAAAAUAAUUGCAUUUAAAAAAAAAAUAAAUCACGGGCGCUUUUACAUAUCAUCAGUUCAUGUUUAACGAGGAGAAAAUGAAUUUUUGUUUUUUUGAAAACAUAGGAAUGAGAGGAAUACCAUUAAUAAUGGGUAAUUAUUAUUAUUAUUACGAUGGAAUAACGGGUCAUUCCACGUGCGAUUUACUUGCACGUGGAUCAUCAGUAUUUUAGGUGUAAUUUAUAAGUGAAAUUAAAUGAACGUCUUGUCAGCAUGUGUUUGUACGUGUACGUAUUUAUAGUAUGAGUAAACGGGUAGAUAAUGACUAUGAGUGAAAGCUUUUUAACUUUGUCAUUCGCUCGAAAAAUAGUGUCUUCGAUUUUAUACCUCAUUGAAGUGAUCACGUAACAAGCUAUUUUUAAUUACGAUUAAUAAAUUAUGUCGUAGGACCAUUUUGUCAAAUCUUCAUACGAAAUAAAUCAUUUCAGUAUUAAAACAUGAAA